UUUUGUUAAAAAAACAAAUUAUAGUAGAUAAACCAUGAAAACCUCAUGUACUCUUUGCAUCCUCUUCACCACCGUGCUCCUCCACCUCUCCCUUAUCCCCGCCCCCUCCGCCGCCCUCCUCGACCCCACCACGGUGUCAUCCGUUGACAUCAUCCUCGAUGACUCGGACUACAUCCGUUCGAGUUGUAAAACCACUUUGUAUCCGGAUACCUGCUACCACUCACUAAACCACUACGCGACCGCGGUACAACAAGACCCCGGUCGCCUAGCACGUGUCGCUAUUGGAGUAAGCCUAGCAAAAGCUAAGCGAAUGUCAGCUUUUGUUUCCAACUUAUCUCGCGAAGCUGACUAUGGAGCGCAGCCACGUGCAUUGGCUGCGCUCCACGACUGCUUCUCCGUAUUCGGAGAUGCAGUCGAUCAGAUACGCGAUUCGUUGAGUCAAAUGCGUACGCUCGGGGGCUCUAGUGAGUCGUUGAGGUUUCAAAUGAGUAAUGUUCAAACAUGGAUGAGUGCGGCGUUGAGCAAUGAGGAUACUUGUACUGAUGGAUUUGAAGAUGUGAGUGAUGAUGAACCAUUGAAAUUGGACGUUUGUAAUCGUGCAGGGAAGGUCAAGGAGGUUACUAGUAAUGCUUUGGCUUUUAUAAAUAGUUUUGCCAAUAAGAUAUGAAUGUUUGAUGAGUUUGAUAAGACUCUUUACUGACCAUGUUAAUUAGUUGUUGACAAGUCUAUAGGAUGCAUCCAUCAUAUAUCUAUAUUUAUUCAUAUCCAUUUUAAUUUGA